GCACAGGAGCAGGAGUUACGAGCCAUGUCCCUGUGAGAUCUCCAGAAUUACGAGCAAAUGCCUGGAGAAGUCCAGUUGCACAGAGCAGCGCGGCAGCUCUCGUGAACCGCGGCCAUCGACGCGUCUCAGACUUGCUCCUCUGGCCCCCAGCGCUCUGCCAGCAUUUCCUACCCCACGAAUGGCUACUCAGAGGAAGCACUUGGUGAAAGAUUUCAAUCCUCAUAUCACCUGCUAUAUCUGUAAAGGCUAUCUCAUCAAGCCAACUACAGUAACUGAGUGCCUCCAUACCUUUUGUAAGACUUGUAUUGUUCAACACUUUGAAGAUAGCAAUGACUGUCCCAGGUGUGGCAACCAAGUGCAUGAGACCAAUCCACUAGAAAUGUUAAGGCUGGAUAACACCUUAGAGGAAAUUAUAUUUAAGCUGGUGCCUGGACUUCGAGAACAGGAACUGCAGCGAGAGAUCGAAUUUUGGAAGAAAAACAAACCUCAAGAAAAUGGACAAGAUGAAAGCCCAAAAGCUGAUAAACCCAAAGUGGAUGAGGAGUGUGAUGAAAAUGAAGAAGAUAAAGACUAUCACAGGAGUGACCCACAGAUUGCUAUUUGCCUCGACUGUUUACGGAACAACGGGCAAUCAGGAGAUAAUGUAGUCAAAGGUUUAAUGAAGAAAUUUAUCCGCUGCUCUACUCGAGUGACCGUGGGAACUAUCAAAAAGUUUCUCAGCUUAAAAUUAAAACUUCCAAGUUCUUAUGAGCUGGAUGUACUAUGCAAUGGAGAAAUCAUGGGGAAGGAUCAUACUAUGGAAUUCAUCUAUAUGACGAGAUGGAGACUAAGAGGCGAAAACUUUCGGUGUCAGAACUGCUCAUCUUCGCAAGUCUGCUCACAGGAUGGCACUUUUUAUCAGUCUUACCCUAUGGUACUUCAGUAUCGACCUAGAAUUGACUUCGGUUAGACCAAAGGUCCAGAUCCCACUGAGAUGAAUCCUGCACUAUUUGUUUACCCAUCGACAGAUUGCACAAUGAAUGGAUGUGCCUGGAUUAGGGGGACACAACCAGAAUUUCAGCAUGCAAAUAAGGACAUUGUCUUUCUUAAAAUUGUCAGUUGCAUCUCUGUUGUUUCUAUUAGAGCAAGCCAAGUGCCAUUCUGCUACUGAAAUGUGCAUAAGAUAUUUGUGUAUCUUAGGAGUGUGCUGCAAAUCAUAGCCAAAAUCAUGACGUGUACAGUCAAGAGUCAAAAACUAUGGAAUAUUUUUGCUUGCGUGUUAGAAAUUUUUUCUGGUCCUAAUAUUGAUUACACUAGCAAAAUGGCAGAGUGCUCAUUCCAUGUGGUGUUGCAGUUUCACACACUUACUAUUUUACUGAAUAUUGUUGUUUAAAUCAUAGAGUACUGUACAAAUAACUAAGGAUUAUACCUUGAAAAUAUUUUGUAUAGAAAAUCUAUUUAGAAAAGUGGUGAUUGGGCCACUACCUUUUUCUUGAUAAGCUUCUCAUGGGUCCAGGUAUAGCUCACUCAUGAGUGUGCAACAGUCCUUUUUCAGUGAAUGAAGACUAAUUACCUUUAACAAGAGAUGUAGAACAUGGUAAUUCAAAACAGUAAUUUUAAAUCUUCUAAAUAGAUUCUGCUAGUAUUGCUUAAAAGCAUUGCAGCCUUUGUGAUUGCACUUUUCUAUGGUUUCCCUAAAGAUUGGAAUUUGGGAUACUGGCUAUUUUUGGAAAAUGGCUUCUGGUCAGAUUACAUUUCUUCUGAUAAAGCCUCCAUAAAAAGGAAGUUAAAAAUAAAGUAAGUCUCUAUGGAACAAAUAAAUUUCACUGUAAGAUUCCAACCAAGGCGAAAUUUUACAUAAUUACUGCCUUUCAUAGUAAGAAUUUCCUUUUAGGAUUGGUUGGAGGUAUGUAAUAUGCUAAAACAAAAAUAAUAUAUAGCUUUAAUUACUUUAUGUAUCUCUUGUGAUGAUCUGGAGUUUAGAAUUCAUUACAGAAAUUUUCAUUCAUAUUUCCAUAAAAUUAGAGGUCAUGCAAUACUGAAGAUAAGCAGUCUGACCAAAAUACCACCUGAGACCUGGUGGUGCUGGAUAAAAAGAGAUUGUUCCUUAGGUAUUGCAAGUGUAAUGGUUCUAGUAUAGAAUGUUUAUUGAGGUUUCUGGUAAUGUUGCAGGGAGCAUAGUAACGCAUCUGUUUUCUGUAGUCUUCCGUUGUCUUUGCUCUGCUUAAAAAUCAGUUGAGUUUUUCACUUCAAACUCUGUGGAGAUACUUGUAGU